GCGGCCCCUCCCCCUCCCCCCCGCCGCCCACAGCGAAGUCCCCCUCCGACCGGCCCUCCGACCCACCACUCGCGGACCCUCAGCGUGGGCGUACGGUGUGCCGGCGGUGGUGCUAGUGGUGGGCGUGCCUGCCGUCAGUCUCAGGUUGUGGCGGGCGGCGAGCGGCGUUGCGGUGCGUGACCUUGAGCGGCUGUCAGGCUGGCGUUCCCGGGGUUUGGGGGCGCCUGCGGGGCGGGGGGCUCCGCGGGCAUGUACCUCAAGUCGUCCCCGUACUCUAUGAACGGCAUCGGCCUCACCAUGGCUGGGAUGGACUCACUGCAUCCGAGCAUGGGCUACCCGCCGCCCAGUGAGUACCUCUACGCCACCAACCCGAGGAAGCAGCGGCGGGAGAGGACCACCUUCACAAGGGCGCAGCUCGAUGUCCUCGAAUCUCUCUUCGCCAAGACCCGCUACCCUGACAUCUUUAUGAGGGAAGAAGUAGCUCUCAAGAUUAAUCUCCCCGAGAGCCGCGUGCAGGUGUGGUUCAAAAACCGCCGCGCCAAGUGCCGACAGCAGCAGAAGCAGCAGGCGGCGGGCGGCGAGAAGACCCCGAGAUCCAAGAAGGCGACCAAGUCUCCGCCGCCAUCCUCCACCCAUACCUCCCAGCCGUCAGGCCAGACCACCACGGGCGGCCUUGGGGCGGGCACCUCGCCGCCGCCCUCCGCAGGUGGACACAGAGACGCCUCGCCGCCGUCGCCACCGCCGUCGGUCAGCUCGGCGCCCCCCCUGCCCCUCACCCCGUCCUCCUCCACAACCUACAACCCCAUCUGGUCUCCCGCUGCCAUCCCUCCCUCGGGGUCCGCAUCCAUCCCGCCCAUGGGUGACUUGAUGUCGCCCGCAUGCUUGGAUCGUGCUACCAGAGCUACGCCGCUCCCUCAUACUACUCCAACAUGGACUACCUCACUCCCAUGUCACACUCACAGAUUAACGUACCGGUGAGUUCCAUGGCGUCCCUCAACCCCAUGGGCGGCGGCGGACAGCAGAUGGGCUCGCACUCGUCGGGAUCAGGUCUGGGGUCCUCGUCCCUAGUUUCUACGUCUCUAGGAACCUCGUCGCUAGGAUCAGCGGGGUCCCUGGGUUCUAGUCAGUCCCUGAGCCCGCGGACCCCACCCACCGUCAACUCCCUCACGCCCCUGCCCCCCGACUGCCUCGAGUACACGGACAAGAACACGGCAGCAUGGAAGUCCUAUCAGAGUUUCCAAGUCUUGUGAGCUGCAGAAGGUGACGUCUGACCCGAGGCCCUAGAAACGAACUGACGGACUGCCAUACUUUACCAGUGAAUCAGAAGCAACUUUUGUUUAGUUGUCAAAGCAACAAUAUUUAGUAGUCCAGAAUUCUGCCUGCGUCCUGGUGUUCCCAGCGUGAGAAGGUGAAAUAAUUGCAAUCAUCCUGUGUAAAAGACCAACAUCUCGCGUCCAUGGGAAGAGGCACUGUCAGCGUAGCAGUGGCUGCAGUGCGGGUGCCAGAUAUAAUCAUAAACUGACUGAUACAUUCCAAUUUAUAUUGAAAGCACCAUACAAAAGGCUGAGAAACGUGUGUAUGUAUGUAUAUGUACUAU